AUCUAUAUACGCUUCGAAGCGUGCACAGCGAUAAAACUGUCGAGAGAGUCCCGCGUUGGAGACACGGCAAGGUCACACGAAGUUGAUCGAGGCUGAAUAUUCACUCCGGAAUAGAUCAUUCCUGUCAAACCCCACUAUAAGGCGUGGAACAGGACUGAGAUGUCUACAGUCGAGGCGUGGGGGGCUGCCGGUCAGAAGUAUGAGAUCCAUGAGGAAACUUUGGAGUAUUUCCGAAUCCUGGAGGGUCGGAAGGACCGGCCCCUAAUCGAGCUGACACCUCCCGAGGCUAGGGAGGCGGGGCUGACAAUAGCGAAGUUGUUUGGGGGCGAUGUUGAGUUUGAUGGUCAGAUCAAAGAAUUUAACGUCCCGUCACCUGCGGAUCAAGGAAGCAUUCCAGUGAGCGUCUACAGGACAACGAAAUGUCCUCCAACAGCCCCCGUCAUCGUGUACUUCCAUGGUGGAGGCUUUGUCGUCGGGUCACGGGCAACAGUAGACAGUAUGUGUAGAUACCUCGCCAGGGAUACUCCUUGCAUCGUAGUGAGUGUGGAGUACAGACUGGCACCUGAGAACAAGCUGCCGGCGUCUCUGGACGACGCGUGUGCAACUCGCUGGGUCAAAAUGAACAAAGCUCUGAUAGGUGCAAGUAACUUGAGCGCCAUGGGCACAGCCGGGGACAGCGUAGGCGGUCACAUCGCCACUACAGUGUGUCAUGAAGUUCCUGGCAUGGACUUUCAGGUGCUGGUGUACCCGAUGGUUGACCUAGAGAACAUAUAUCCCUCCUUUGAAGAAUUCGCAAACUCGCCAGGGGUAAACAAGAAAAUCCUUGAGUGGCUCGAGAACCUCGCCCUCACGUCCCCGGCACAGCUGUCUAACCCGCGUGUAACUCCCUUGUUGAGGAAGGAGUUCUCUGGUCUUCCUCCAGCCUUGGUUCUCCUCGCCGAACUGGAUCCACUCAGAGACAGCGGAUAUGCUUACCGUGACCGGAUGUCCGAGGCUGGCGUGCAGACAAAGCUAGUGUUGAUAAAGGGAGCGCCUCAUGCCUUCAUCAGGAUGCCAGGUCAUUUCAAACGGCUUUGUGCAUCAGCGUAUGCAUCAAUGUCGGAAUUCAUCAGGAAACAUGGCAGCAACGACACGAAGACGCCUGCUGAAGACUAGCGACCAUAUGACGUCAUAUCCGCCCGGUGUUGGCAUGUAUCUACCCCAAGCCGACCGACUGCCAUGUAAACAGAAUGUUUGAAUGUCUCAAUACUCAAGCUUUUCUUAUAAUGGGCAGAUUUUUAUACUUCAUUUCAAUUGUGUUUUUAAGAGUUUAUUUUAGUUGUUAUGAAUAAUGUAAUAAACCCUUUUGAAAAUCAAAA